AUGGAGGCUAUCAUGGAUGCUCAAGGUGUUUGGGAAUCCAUAGAACCAACAGUCGGGGUAACUGUUGACGAGAAGAAGAAUAAGAUGGCACGAGCCUACAUCUUCCAAGCAAUACCGGAGGACAUUCUCAUGCAGGUAGCAAAGAAGAAAACCGCAAAAGAGAUGUGGGAAUCAUUAAAAAUCCGUUACCUGGGGGCAGAUAGAGUGCAAAAGGCGAGGUUACACUCACUCAAGAGUGAGUUUGAUGCACUGAGGAUGAAAGAAGGAGAGACCAUAGAUGAGUUCGCAGGAAAGUUGAGUGGUAUUAACUCAAAAUACAUCAGUCUUGGUGCAACAAUGGAAGACAGCACUUUGGUGAGAAAGUUGCUUGAUUCUGUCCCAGAAAAAUUUCUACAGCUUGUGGCCUCGAUAGAACAGUAUUCAGACUUAGAUACAAUGCCAUUUGAAGAAGCUAUUGGCAGACUCAAGGCCUAUGAAGAUCGACUACGAGUUCGGGGUGAAAACUCGAAUGCUGAAGUGGGUUUGUUGCUGACUCGAUCUGAAGGGCAAAUGGGUCAAAAAUCUCAAAAGGGCUCUCUUAGUGCAGCAGGAAGAGGUCGUGGAUCUUCUAAUGAAAGGGGAGGUCGAGGAGAUACAGAUGAAUGGGUGUUGCUCAAUGAAGACAAAGUAUUCCCAGCAACAAAAGGGAAUGAGAAGGACACAUGGUACUUAGACAAUGGGGCCAGUAACCACAUGACAGGGGUGCGAGAAUACUUUGCAGAACUUGAUGAAAGAAUAACAGGGCAAGUAAGAUUUGGAGACUGA